GGUACAAUGCACAACUACAUUUGGGAGCGGGCUCUACCAACAACUUUGACGACGCUGGGAAUGCUGACUGCCGGCCCAUGUCGUUUGCAUUGCAUCAAUCAUGCAUACCGAUGAUAGAACGGUCGCUUCUCUCUCGGCGGCAAGAUGUAGAGCCGAUUAUGGUGACCACUUGUUUUCUGACAAGAUCAUGGUGAUGAGCGACCGUGGGCUGUUCGCAAGAGACACCGCCUCUUUGUUGGUGUACUCCACUCACAGAUGGGCAGCCUUCCUCUGCUUCAUCUGCUGCACUUGCCCUUGCGUCGUCCUUGGCAGCCGAAUUGCCCUAUUUGCAGUGCCUCUCAUUUACGGCCAUGCCCACUAAUCCCGGUUUGACCCAAUUUAUGCCUCCGCGCAGGGUAUGUCCGUGUUGUGACUGGCUUGACUCGUUGGGAUAUAUACUAAGUCUGCAUCUCUGGUUGAAGCAUUUUCCGCCACAUUCGCCCGAGACAACUAACUCUUGUUCCUUGGAAAGUGAAGAUGGAUGUG